GUCGGUCGAAAACGGGAUUACAAAGAAAGCAGCAAGGAAAGCAACAAAAAGCCAUCGCUCAUGUUGGAUUUGACACAGAUUAAGCAAGCUUUGAUAUUGCACGUUGUGCCCGAUCAGGCACUCUGCGAUGUGGAAAUCCCCGAGAAGCUCAACGUCGGAUUCCUGAGGAAAGCUACGUACAGUGAUUUAAUGGAAGACUAA